AUGACGCCGGAUUGCAUGUUGUUCAUGCAACAGAGACGGAGAAAUGGAAAGGGGGGGGUUGGUGGUGGUGGAAUGUUAGAGGAACGCCGGUCCUACCUGAAGUCCUGUGCCAGCAGCACUCAGAAGCGAAGCAGAAUUAGAGAGAGAGAAGAAGAAGAAGAAGAAGAAGCCAGCAGCCAGCAAGGAGGAGGAGACAGGAGUCUGCGACGGUGGGAGAUGAAGGGACGGGGGGGGAGGCCGGGCGGCUUGUUAUACUUAAAGCAAGGACGGCGUCAAAGGCAUGAGACAGACGAACGAACCCGCAGCCCGCCCGAGAAAAGAAAAAGCCAAAGGGGGAAAAGAAACGAAGGGACGCCAGCAGGGAUAUUCUGGCAUGUAGAAGACUAA